UAUAAAUAGUAGAGAGCAGCAGUAGGGUGUUUAUUGAGAGGACUGAGGACAGAGGGAAAGAGCUGAAGAACUACAGGGAAUCUGAAAUCCAUUGCAGCGAUGUGGACAGGGCUGAGCCUGGUCCUGGCCCUCUCCCUUCUGCCCGGUAGCAGGCCAGAGAGUGAAGCCGAAGGCAGACGCUGUAAGAAGCCCCCAGAAUGGACCAUUGGAGAGGAGAACCCUAUGCAGGAGUCACUGGGACAAGUGACAGUGGUGGCACUCCUCCAGGCUACCUGUUCUUUCUGUUUGGUGCAGGCAUCCAGAUUAGAUGACCUGCGUCUGAAGUUAGAGCAGCGGGGCCUGAACAACAUAUCCUACAUGAUUGUGAAUUCCCAGGAUCACGAGUCUCGUCAUCUGUAUCCCCUCCUCCGGAAAAAGGUUUCUGUGAAUAUCCCUGUGUAUAAUCAAGAUAACCUCCAGGAAGAUGUCUGGAAACUCCUGGCUGGUGAUAAAGAUGACUUCCUCAUCUAUGACAGAUGUGGCCGUCUGACUUCCCACCUUGGUCUGCCUUAUUCAUUACUUACCUUUCCAUAUGUGGAGCAAUCAAUCACACAAGCAUACUGCAGUAGCGUCUGUGGAAACUGUUCAUUUGAGAGCCCUGAAGAUUUAACAGUGUGUAACAACACUGUGAUGGCAACAGAGAAGCCAGAAGAGGCCACUGAAAAUCCUGGCAGACACCACAGCCAUUGCCACGAGCACAGCCAGGGCCACAGUGACUCCCACGGCACAAACCUUGGCAGACAGCAUGGCCACCACCAUAGGCAGAGUCACCAAACACAAAGAUUCUCCCACAAUCACAGGGGUCAGCAAAAAAAACUGCCUGAAGGUAUCUCCCAGCAGGAGGUUGUGGACAUCCCUUUUUUUCUGCAGAGACCUUGAAAGAAAGAGCUAGCCACAUGAAAAAAACAAUACAUUGAUGUUUCAAUAAAUCUUUUUUUUUUAA